UGAGCUCCAUGUUUCCCAGUUACCUGGACAACAUUUGGUCUCCAGAAACCCAACCGUGCAGUUCUCAGUCCCGCCCUCAAAGGAAAUUUGCCACCCUGGAUUGGCUCCCAGAACCCAGGCUCCUCCUCAGGCUCCGAGCUGGUUGGGCCUUUUCUCUGCCCCUCCCAUGAGUGGGUCACCCCACAGGGAGACGCAGCAGAGGCCAGAGAGGAUCCUACAGGACAGCAAGGAGAUGCCACCCAAAACCAAAGGAAAAGGGAAGAAAACUGGGGCACAGAAGAAGAAAGAGAAUGCGGGCGCUGAUGUGGAGACCAAGUCCGCACACUGGCGGGCAGUGAUGGAGAAGGAGCUGCUCCAAGACCACCUGGCUCUGUGGAGGGAUGAAGCCCGCCGGGCUAAAGCUUCUGAGGAGCAGCUGAGGCAGAGGCUGCAGGUGCUGGAAGCUGAGUUGGAGGAGGCCCGAAGUGAGGGCAAGGCCAUUUAUGCAGAAAUGAGUCGUCAGUGCCGGGCCCUGCAGAAAGAAAUGGAGACCCGCAGCAGGCAGCUGGAGGAAGAAGUGACAGGCCUUCAGGAACAGCUGGAGACGUGCCAGAAGGAGGCCAAGGCUGCAGGGCAAGAGGCUGAGCAGGCCCUGGGAGAGCGGGACCAGACUCUGGCUCAGCUUCGGGCCCACGUGGCAGAUAUGGAGGCCAAGUAUGAGGAAAUCUUACAUGGCAGUCUGGACCGACUCUUGGCCAAGCUGAGGGUCGUCCAGCCUCAGUGGGACAGGGCUGCGCUGAGACUUCAUGCCAAGUACAAGGAGCAGCUCCGCCAGUUUGGACUCAACCCCCUGGAUCUUUGAAGCCAUAAGCCGCUAGUCUCUGGGGCUCUUGGAGGCUCCAGCAAUAAAGCUAUCUUGAUGUAGAACUCAACAGA